GCAAAAAUGUAAUUCUACAAAAAAAAAGUCCUAUGAAUAAUUUCGCUCGCUAUCUUGGGUUCUGAGAUUUUCCCCGUGUCGACUAGUGAUUCUCACCUUUUUCCGACUGAAGUCAAUUUGGUUAAUUAUUCAAAUUUAUUUAUACAAUCUACAAGAGAUUGAACACCACUGAAAAAGGUGUUCUCAACCAAAAUAUUGUUGUCAUUGAAUAUCUGACUACAAAAAUCAUUUUUCCAAGGAUUCGCCCUUGAAAAACUCGAGAUUAAUAAUAACGGAGUCCUAACCUCGAAAAUUCAAACAAAGCCGGUGGUCUGUAAAAACAACAACAAAACAGUGAAAUAUCCUCUCAACAAUUGAUUUCAGGAAUAAAAAUGAGUAGAAAGGAAGCGCUAUCUCAAUUCAUCCAACAAAUUCAUGGACGUCCAGUGGUCGUAAAGCUAAAUAGUGGAGUCGAUUAUCGAGGUGUCCUGGCUUGUCUCGAUGGCUACAUGAACAUUGCCCUGGAGCAGACGGAGGAGUACGUGAAUGGCCAGCUGAAGAACAAAUACGGAGAUGCCUUCAUCAGAGGGAACAAUGUUCUCUACAUAAGCACCCAAAAGCGUCGAGCGUAAUUCCCUAAAUCAAUUUCCCUCGCAAUAAAUCAAUAGAAUAAAUUAA